AUGACCUUGCUGUCCUCACAGAAGGACAGUCUCCCAGAGCAGGUGCGUGCAGUCAUCGAUCAACAGGAGAUGGCAGGCGCGCAACAGAAGACGAGACAGCUUCACAAGACUGUGUCGGCACAAGCAGCGGCACAGAAAGAACUCCAGAAGAUCCGAAGCAUGAGGUCGCAGUACCUCACAGCUUGGGGAACGUAUCUGGGCCAACUGGAGAGUCUACUCGAGCAGCAGAUGGCAGAUCAGGCUCAACAACUGGAAGCCAUGGACCAGCAAGAGCUACAGUGGGCUGCCAGUCUACAAAGUGCGACAGCCACCUUGGCCAAGCUUACAGCAGGAGAAACCAAGGAUGGCGACAGCGAGGAGCAAGCCAUGGACGAGGAGGACACCAAGAUCGAUGCUGCAGUGGCCAUGGAGCAGGAUCUCUCUCGGAAGAGGGCUGCUCAGCAAGAGACAGGUGCUUCCUUACUGGAGGCACUGAAGAAAGCCAAGCAAGGUGCGGACGAGGAAGCCGAGAACGGGGCAGAGGUCGCGGCUGGUGGGCGACAGGCAUCGCGUACGCCGCGACGUGGUUCCAAGCAGGAACAAUCCAUGUCAUCCGAGGAGGUGAAGACGGACAAGUCGGCGACGCCUGCUACGCCUCCCUUCAUCGGGCCGAUCAGUACGACGCACCCUGGCAAGGCCCACUCAAUUGCCCACGGGAGUUGA